AGCGUCAGUCAAGUUUUCAAAACAACAUCAGUGUGAAGCUGGGGGGAGAAUAAGAAGAAAACUAUGACGGCUUCGACGGUGGCAGAGAGAGCCAUAGGUGCAAUCAUUGGAGCAGCUGUGGCAGACGCAGCAGCCCAGCCCAUGCAUUGGAUUUACAACCCAGAGCGACUCAAGGAGGUUCUGUCAGAUCUGGAACCGUGUCCCGAGUUCCGCCCUCAGUCUGCUAACCCGUUCUACCGCAGAGAGACCGGAGAGCAGACGUGCUACGGAGACCAGGCCUAUGUACUGCUAGAGUCACUCAGUCAAUGUGGAGAUGUGAACGUGGAGGACUUGACCAAGCGCAUCUACAAGUUCUUUGGCCCAGACACUGUGUAUGAUCUUCCUCUCAAUAACCCAUACAGACAAAAGAACGGUCCUAAAGCUGUCCUCCCCAUUGAUGGCCCUUGGAGAAACGCAAGCCUCAAAGCCUUCAUGAGGAACGUGGAUGCAGGAAAAGAAGAGACAGGAUGUGACGUGGACUGUCAGAUGGACGGGGUCACCAAGAUGGCUCCUGUUGUGGCGAUGUUUGCUGGGAUGCCAGAGAUGUUGGAGAAGGUGGAGACGGCCAUACGUGUAACCCAGAAUAACGAUAUGUGUGUGGCCAUGACACUGGCUGCAGCAAGGUUCCUGGAGCAUUUCAUCCUGAAUGGUUCUGACCCCAAUGCUCUGGACUCAGUGUUGGCCCAGCUCAACGACCCAAACAGAAACAACCCUCAGGAUCUGGACAGGGCUGUCAUUGCACAAAUCUGUCAGGUGAAGGACAACUUAGCCAAGCAUUCCCCAGAGCUGAUACCUGCUGUGUUCACUAACACAUGAGCCUUGCCAGGUGCAUUCCAGGGAGCGCUGCACGGGGUCCUGACACAGAGCCAGCUGGAGGAGGCAGUCAGGGGAACCAUGCGCCGCGGGGGAUGCACCGCCAGUAGGGCCUCAUUCAUAGGGGCCUGUUUUGGAGCACAGACAGGUCUUCAGGGAAUCCCAGAGUCUUGGAAGAACAGGACCCUCAAAUAUCCUGUGCUGCUGGGACUGGCUAAGAAAGUUGUAGACUCACAGCAAGCCUAGAUUUGGCACAUUGUGUUAAAGGCAGUUAUGCAAAUGUAUAUUACUAAAUGAAUGUAUUGCUAAAGCUGAUUAACAUAACCAGUCCAACAUAUUAUUAGGGAAUAUGAAUUAUGUAUUGAUGUGUUUUUUUUUUUUUACAAUUGCUUUGUAAGCCCAUUUUAUAACACAGUUGUACUUUGACAAAACAGUUUAUGAAAGUUACAUUCUAAAGUAACAUUUGACGGAUGUAACUUGAACCUUGUUGCUCUGUCAAAGCUGCAGUAUGUUGCAAAAUGAUGAGUAUAUGAAAUAUGGAAUAUUCUUGUCAUGUAUACAUUAGGAUUAAAAGA